AUGGGCCUACUGAGAAGAAGAUCGACUUUAGUUAAAUUUUUAAUAAAAGGACUAAUAUUGGUCGGAGCAAUAUGGUUGACGAUAUUGUUUUUAUUGUACACGGAACAAAGAGCGAACAUGAUUGAUGGAGGACAAGAAGUCAUAGUGGAUUCACCCAUAAGUAGCGGUUUGUUAAAAGAUGCCGGAUUAGAUGCUAUAAAUAAUUUUUUUACCGUGCAAGUGCCAUUGGAAAAAAGGACCAGAGAUAACAGGUUGAAGAACAAAAUAGAAAACAGUGCUAUAGAAGUCGGAGCGGGAGUUUUGGUUCCUCCGAGAGAUUUGGCGGAAGAAGACAUGGUUGCUAAGGGAGAAUAUGGAGAAAUGGGGAGACCCGUUCACCUUCCAGCCAAUCUAACGGGUGAAAUUAAAAAAUUAGUCGACGAGGGAUGGUCAAAAAAUGCUUUCAAUCAAUACGUUAGCGAUUUGAUAUCCGUUCAUAGGAAACUACCCGAUCCGAGAGAUAAAUGGUGCAAAGAACCCGGAAGGUUUUUACAGGAUCUUCCACAGACUUCUGUCGUCAUAUGUUUUCAUAACGAAGCCUGGAGCGUUCUCUUGCGAACGGUUCAUUCAGUUUUAGACCGUUCGCCUCCUAAUUUGCUCAAAGAAAUUAUUUUAGUUGAUGAUUUUUCUGAUAUGAUACAUUUAAAAAAACAAUUAGAAGAUUACAUGUCUCACUAUCCAAAAGUUAAAAUAAUUCGAGCUUCGAAAAGGGAAGGUUUGAUAAGAGCGAGACUUUUGGGAGCGACUCGUGCCACUGCGCCGGUAACAACAUUUUUAGAUUCACAUUGUGAAUGCACAGUUGGUUGGUUGGAACCACUUUUGGAUAGGAUAGCUAAAGACCCGACAACUGUGGUUUGCCCUGUCAUUGAUGUCAUCGAUGAUACAACAUUAGAAUAUAAUUUUAGAGAUUCUGGGGGUGUCAACGUCGGAGGAUUCGAUUGGAAUUUACAGUUUAAUUGGCACGCCGUACCGGAAAGGGAGAAAAAAAGGCAUAAAAACACGGCCGAACCUGUUUGGUCUCCGACGAUGGCCGGGGGUUUGUUCGCAAUUGAUAAAAAUUUUUUCGAAAGAAUUGGAACCUACGAUUCGGGUUUCGAUAUUUGGGGGGGUGAAAAUUUAGAAUUGUCAUUUAAAACGUGGAUGUGCGGAGGAACGUUGGAAAUCGUACCUUGCUCUCACGUCGGUCACAUAUUUAGAAGAAGGUCCCCCUACAAAUGGAGAUCAGGUGUUAACGUUUUGAAAAGGAAUUCGGUUCGAUUAGCCGAAGUUUGGCUCGACGAUUAUGCCAAAUAUUAUUAUCAAAGGAUCGGUGAUGAUAAGGGAGAUUUCGGAGACGUGUCAGCAAGGAAAGAACUUAGAAAAAGAUUAAAUUGUAAAUCGUUUAAAUGGUACCUGGAUAAUAUUUAUCCAGAAUUAUUCAUACCUGGAGAAGCUGUUGCCGGUGGAGAGGUGAGAAAUAAAGGAUUGGGAGGUAAAACGUGUCUCGAUAGUCCCGCUAGGAAAGCUGAUUUACACAAAGCUGUCGGCCUUUUCCCUUGUCACAGGCAGGGAGGCAAUCAGGUGAGCAACAAUUGGUCUGGUCAAUGUUUAGACAGUCCAUGUAAGUCGGAAGAUAUGCACAAACCUGUCGGGUUAUGGCCAUGUCACAAACAAGGUGGCAAUCAGUAUUGGAUGCUUAGCAAAGCUGGAGAAAUAAGAAGAGAUGAAGCUUGUCUCGAUUAUGCCGGACAAGAUGUUAUUCUAUACCCAUGUCACGGAUCGAAAGGAAAUCAAUAUUGGCAUUAUAAUCCUGACACGAAUCUCAUACAACACGGAAGCAGUAAAAAAUGUUUAACUAUGGCAAGCACGAAACAAAAAUUACUCAUGGAAGACUGCGACGAAAUGGAACCGAGGCAAAAAUGGAUUUUUCAAAAUUACGAUGCGAGCAAAUUAUAA